AUGGCCGUCGCUGAGAGUGACCUCGGCGAGGAUGCGGCGGUGGACCCUGCUGCCGUCAUCCGCAAGCUCGACCGCCAUUUAAUCCCCUGGCUCUUCUCCCUGGGCAUCCUCUGCUACCUUGACCGCACCAACCUGUCGUUUGCGGCGCUGGACCUCAACCGCGACCUGCACCUCUCCUGCUCCACCUACGGCCUGGGCGCCUCCCUCUUCUUCAUCUCCUACGCCCUCUUCCAGAUGCCGUCCACGGUGGUCUGCGCCCGCCUGGGCGCCCACAUCUGGUUGUCGGCCAACAUUGUGGCCUGGGGCGCCGUGGCCGCCAUGUUUGCGCUCGCCUCCAGCGUCCCCGCCUUCCUGGCGCUGCGCUUCCUGCUGGGGGCCACCGAGAGCGCCGCCUUCCCAGGCAUGUGGUACCACCUGUCCACCUUUUACAGCGAGGCCGAGAUGGGCCCCGCAUAUGCCAAGGUGGCCUCCUGCACCGCGGUGGCGCAGGUGGUGGGCGCGCCGCUGGCCGCCGGCAUCCUGGCCAUGGACGGCGUCGGCGGCCUGCGGGGCUGGCAGUGGCUGUUCAUCCUGGAGGGCGGGGCGACGGUGGUGUUUGGCGCGCUGCUGCGCUUUGCGCUGGCACCCUCCCCGGCCAAGGCCCGCAUGCUGACGCGGGCGGAGCGCGAGUGGCUGCGCCACCGCCAGGAGACCGCGCGCACGGCGAUGGGGGCGGCGGGGCAGCAGGGGGCGCAUCCGCAGGCGCGGGAGGGCGGCGGCUCCACAUGCGCCGGCUUCAUGCACCAGUUCAAGGGCACGCUUGGGGUGGUGCGCGACUGGCGCAUCCUGUGGCUGUCCGGCUGCUGGCUGCUGGUGGCGGCAGUCAUGUUUGGCAUGACCUUCUUCAUGCCUCUGCUGGUCUCUGCCAUGUUUUCCGGUGGCGGCGCCAUCUCUGGCGUGAGCGGCGGAGGCGGCGGCGGCCACGGCGCCUGCCACAGCGACGACGGCGACGGCGAGUCGGGGGGCGAGGGAGAGCGGCAGCACAGCUCGCUGGUGGCCCUGGCCUCUGCGGUGCCCUUCAUGCUGGCGGCCGUGGGCAUGAACAUCAAUGCGCGGCUGGCGGGGCGGGCCAACGAGCGGCACCGCCAUGCCGGCGUGCCCAUCCUGCUGGCUGGCAUCCUGCUGGGGCUGGUGCCGCUGGCGGCUCGCACCGCGGGCCCCGGCCUCGCCUUUGCGCUGCUGUCUAUGACCGCCGGCCUGUGCUGGUCCUUCCACGGCCCCUUCUUCUCCUGGCCCGCGGUGUUCUUGCCCAACGAGCAGGCGGCUGCGGGCUUUGCCUUCAUCAACUCGAUUGGCGCCGUGGGCGGCUUCAUCGGCCCCUACCUGCUGGGCGUGCUGAGCGACCGCGGCGACGGCGGCUUUGGCACCGCCAUGCUGGUGCUGGCCUGCUUCCUGUUGGUCAGCGGCACCCUCAUCCUGCUGUUCCCCGCCCCCGGGCACCGCGAGGAGCAGGCGGUCACGGUGAGCCUGAAGCCCAGCGACCCCAGCGGCGAGUACUCGCUGGCGCCGGCGGGUGACCGCUCCUCCACGCAGUGCCUGUCCCCGCGGGACGAGGAGGAGCAGGAUGGCGACAUGGAGUCGCAGCAGCGGCCUGCGGGCUGGCAGCAGCGGCACUCCCGGCACAAGGCCGCCAGCUCGGCUGGCCAGCUGAGCGAGGUGGAGUUCCAGCCUAUCCUGGAUGGCGCCCGCUCCACAUAA